CAGCACUGUAGUCCUUUGGUUCAUAACCAUGCCGUACGAUCAGCAUACUGGGCCCUAAUCAUAGCAAAGAAAUUACCCCAAUUUGCAAACACAGAUCUUGAAUUGGUAACGCUGAGCUGCAUUCUUCACGAUAUGGGCUGGGCCUCAACCAAGGAACUCCUUUCGGCUCACAAACGCUUCGAGGUGGAUGGAGCAAAUAUCGCACGCGAUUUUAUUCGCAGUAAGCUGGGAAGUUUAACCACUGCUGACGACUGGAAUGAAAGACGACUGCAGCAAUCAUGGUAUGCAAUUGCGUUACACACAUCCUUCAAUAUCGUCCCGGAGGCCGAGCCUGAGGUAGCUCUGACCAGCUUGGGCAUUGGCGCGGACUUUUAUGGGCCAAAGUUCUCUCCUGGUGUUUCUAAAGAGAGCUUGAUCACUGUGGAAGAGUACCAUGCGGUUAUGAAGCUUUUCCCUCGCGCUGGCUUUGAUUAUAAUGGCUUCAAGGGUGUUAUGUGCGCUCUAUGCCGUGAGAAGCCAGAGACGACGUACGACAAUUUUGUA